AUGAAUGGUUUACGUUUAGCAAGUCUUGAAACUUUUAAAAUGCAUUAUGAUUCUUUAAAUACAUAUGAUUUAUGGUUGAUAUUUUUAAGGUCUCAAGUUGUUUCUGGAUUCAAAAUUCACUUAAGUAGAUGCUGA